AAAAUGGAUUCUAAUAGUAUGAAGGAGAUGGAUAAAGAAAUUUAGUUUCUUUAAAAGAGGGUUAAAUUGAUUUAACAAGAAAAUGAAUUGUUGAGAAAAGAAAAUCAAUUAUAAAGAUAAUAGCUUAGUCAGAUGAAAAAUACAUUUACAAAUAUAAUUUCAACAAAAAGAAUAAAGACAGCAGAUGGAAGGAGCAAUUCAGUUUCGGAGUAUAAUUAAUUAUGAAACAAAUAGACGUUUUUAAAAUGAAGAUGCUUUGAGAUAGGUAUUAGAGAUGCAAAGAAAUCGAAUUAAUUAAAUAGAGAAGGAUAAUGAAUAAUACAAAUAGAAAUAUGAGAAAAUUUUAUUUUAAGAUAAAUCAUAACCUUAUUCAUAAACUUAAGUUAAUGAGUAAACAAUAACCGAGUUAUAUGAUUUAAGAAAGAAGAAUGGUGAUUUGGAAUAGAGAAUAAAAGAUAUGAUUAGUUAACAUGCAAAGGAAUUAGCUAAUUAUAGAUAAAAGAUAGCUUAAUAGGAUGCCUAAUUUAUGGUAUCAUAAUCUUAGGGUUUUUCAACACCACUUUCAUAAUAAUCAUAGAAAUUGGAGCCAUUAAAUAAUGGAGGAUACUAGAUUCUAAGAUAAGGAAUAAAGAAAUACUGAAUAUUAUGAUACUAAUCAUAUAUAAUUUAGGAAUA